UUUAUUUGACGUGUAUUUUGACUUUUGUUUGAACACUGUCACCUCAGAACUUACUCAACAUAAAGAAAGCAUUGCAUUUCUGGAACAAAACCAAACCAAGUCAAAAACGCAACUAGCAUUACUAAAUAAAGAAAUUGAAGUUUUUCGUAAAGCCGCCCAGCAAUUUCGUACUGAAGCUGAAAAUUUAAAGCAAGAUUUAGAUCAAAAAAAUGCCCAGCUAAAGGACCAAUCUGCAAUGACGGUUGAAAUUAAACGACUUCGAUCCGAAAAUGACAAAUUAGGAAAACGAGUAAAAUCACUUGAGGUCUUAAAAGACCAAUUGGAAUUCAAAGUACAAGAAAGUGAUGCUACGAACGAUAUACGAGAAAACCAAAAAAAAGAAAUUUCUCGAUUGAAAAAAGAACUCGAAAAGAAAGACGAAUUAUGCAAUAAAAACCAAUCCUCCAAAGAAAUAUUAGAUGCCAAAGUUAAAAAACUUCAAAAAGAAGUUGAUAAUUUAAACGAGCUGUUGCUCGAAUAUAAAUCUGAAUCAAAUACACUAAGGGAUGAAAAAAAUGAGAAAGAUGCAAUUAUCGAGUCUUUAAAUCAACAAUUAGAAGAUUUAAGUCACCAAGCGACAAGUGCAGAUAAACUGAUGCAGGAUAUUAACGAGCUUAAAAUUCAAAUACAAGCGGCUCAUGAUGAAAAUAUAAAAAAACAGCGAGAAUGUAGUCAGCAUUCUAAAGCGUUGUGCAAGCUCAAGAGGCAAAAUGCCAGUAUCGAAGAUUUGAAACGUAAAAAUCUGGAUCUUCAAAAUAAACUACAAGAAGCUCACAAGCAAAUUUCAAACACGUGCAGCGAAAAUGACAUGUCUGGCAAAGUCGUACACGAAGAAAAUAAUAAUACUAGUCAACAUAUUAUUUUAUUGGUAAAAGAAAUACGAUCCUUGAAAGAUGAUAUAAAAAAAUUAGAAACACAGAAGAGGGCUUUACAAGACCUAGUAACAUCACAGCAAGUAGAGAUUUUACAACUACAAACAUCGAAAAAAUCAGACGCACUUGCACGCGUCAAU